CCUAGAACACCAUAUAUUGCCAAACUAUUGCUUCAGCCUUACAUGAUUGUUUAGUUCUUGACACCAAAUCCUUAAUAAAACGGGCUGGCAGUUCUUUGAUGUCUACAUGCUGACAUUCCCCCUUAUGUGCAGAAAAGAGGGACAACAAACUCAAGAGGAGGUACAGAAGAGGAAUCUUAGGGAUGAACUUGAGGAGCGUGAACGCAAGCACUUCUCAUCCAAGGAUAAGUCCUAUGUUGACGAGAGGGACCGGCGAAAAAGUUCAAGCCUGCUCUUAGAAGGUUCAAAACGGGAUGAGGAUAAGAUAGUUCCACGUGAAAUUGAUGCAGAUGACUCUGACGUGGAACUCAAAAGUGAUGAUGAAAGCGACGAUGAUGACGACGACGAUGACACUGAGGCACUAAUGGCAGAGCUUGAAAGGAUUAAAAAAGAAAGAGCUGAGGACAGGCUUAGAAAGGAGCGUCAGCAAGCAGAAGAAGAGGCCAAGAUGAAGGAGGCCGAGCUGAUGCGAGGAAACCCACUGAUCAAUAUGAACAACUCUGGCUCCUUCAAUGUGAAGAGAAGGUGGGAUGAUGAUGUUGUAUUCAAGAACCAGGCUCGUGGAGAGACCAAGACACCGAAACGGUUCAUCAACGACACCAUCAGAAGUGAUUUCCACCGCAAGUUUCUGCAUAGGUACAUGAAAUGAUGCUGCUGUACGCUUUAUGUUGCCUGGACAGUAUGCAUGCUGAAAGAGCCUGUGAUGUUUCUGUAUUCUGAAGAUCGAUUUGUAUGACAUAACUGUAACAGCUACGUUAUCUUAAUGGUGAUAUGUUUACCCUGUUCCUAAGAGUAAAGAAAAGAACCCACUGCUUGUGUAUUA